AAAUGUUUUGGUAGAUUUUGAAAAUGAUAAUGAAACGCCUAUCAUUAACGUAAUGUGACGUUUCGAAGAAUUAAGUAAUUUUCUAUUUUGAAUACCUAUAUAUAGUCACGAGACUACCUGUCGUGAAAAUAUUAAUUAGUUUGUCAACAUGUCAAAAAGUUUCAGUUCCGUUUCUGUGUUGAAGAAUGUAUUAGUGUGUGUGUUUGUUCUUUGUUUGUGUUACGAAUUCAGUCAUGCUUUACGCUGUUUGAAAUGUGAAUCCUCAGAACCCGACAGCGACUGUCGUCUUGGCAAACGUAUGUUCAAACCGAGACUUCAAGUUUGCGUUGGACCACAUCCACAAUGUUACGCUCUAGCAAAAGUGGACGCCAAAGGCAACGCUUUGUUUCAAAGGGGAUGCACGAUAAGAGAUGUGUGCCACAGGGAUGCCCCUGACGGCUUGGGGUACUGCAAAACUUGCAAAUCGCAAUUCUGUAACUAUGAUGUUAUGGACAUUGACAUUGAAUAUAUAGAUGCAUAAUAGUCCAUUAGUAGUACUGAUGUAAAAUUGUACAUAUAUAUAUUUUUAAGAGGUUAUUAAUUAUUAAAAAAAUAUUGAUAUUAAUAACAAAAAACUCAUCAUUAUUAAAACAUGAA